ACUCAUGUCCACACAUACUACAUAUCUGAUUGUGUUGAUUGUGGGUGGCGGAGUUUUGGUGGUGGAGGCCACAAACACAACACAAGCAUGGCGGAUAAGCGAAAAUACAAGCGAUCGAAAGAGGAGAUUGCCCGUGAAUUUGAUCUGCCCGAACGCAAAUCGAAAAUCGCAACAAUACUCAAACAAGAUGAUCAGGCCUAUUGCAUUUGCCGCACAUCCGAUUGCUCGCGAUUUAUGAUUGGCUGCGAUGGAUGCGAGGAAUGGUAUCAUGGCGACUGCAUUGGCAUCACCGAAAAGGAGGCCAAACACAUUAAGCAGUAUUAUUGCCGCAAAUGCAAGAAAGAGAAUCCCGAACUCCAGACCAUCUUCCGUCUGGUGGCCACCGAACGAGCUGCCGCCACCGCAGCCGCCGUGACGGCAACCGCAACAGCGGCCAACAGCAGCGGUGGCAGCAACAACAUUCAUAAUAGCGGCAACUUGGAGGUUGGCGCACAAAUUGGCGGCAAUGGUGCAACGUUGCCGCCGCACAGUGCUGGCAAUCAGCAGCCAGCUGGUGGUGUUGCUCGCAAGAACAACAAUAGCAACAACAAUGGCAACAACAGCGGCAGCAACAAUGCCUCGGGCCGAGAGCCAAAAGCCGGACGUCGCUGUGGCACUUGCGAAGGUUGCCGGCGACCCAAUUGCAAUCAAUGCGAUGCGUGCCGCACACGCGUUGGCCACAAACCCCGAUGCAUCUAUCGCAAUUGUGUGAUGCAAGCAAAUGCCACGACAACAGCGACAACCACGACAACGACAACGACGACGACGACGGGUCGCAAGCGCAGUGAGAAGGCCAACCAUCAGCAGCAGCAGCAACAACAGUUCCAGCAGCAGCAGCGCAAGACGAAAGCGAUGCGAGCCGCAAGUCCCGAGAUAUUUGUGCACCCAGAGCUGGAGGGGAUUCGGCAAUGCCAUGGGCCGAGUUGUCGCUUUCAGGCGAGGCCGCAAAGUAAAUACUGCAGCGACAAGUGCGGCUUCAAUCUCGCUACGAAUCGUAUAUUCCAGGUGCUGCCGCAACGUCUCCAGGAAUGGAAUCUAACGCCCUGCCAUGCCACCGAAGAGAAUCGCGACCAACUGGAGGUCAUACGGCAAAAGCAAUCGAUGGUCCGAUUUGCGCUCGCCGAGCUCGAGAAGCGCGCCGAGGAGUUGAAUAUGGUGGUGGAGCGGGCGAAACGCAGUUCGAUCGAUACACAGCGGCCGCAGGAUAAUGCCGAUGUGGAGGAUGAGCAGAGCAUGUAUUGCAUAACGUGUGGCCAUGAGAUACAUUCGCGUACGGCGAUCAAGCACAUGGAGAAAUGCUUUAACAAAUACGAAUCACAGGCCAGCUUUGGAAGCAUCUUUCAGACGCGCAUGGAGGGCAACAAUAUGUUCUGUGACUUUUACAAUCCCGCCAGCAAAACGUAUUGCAAACGCCUGCGUGUCCUCUGUCCCGAGCACAGCAAGGAUCCCAAGGUCAGCGAUACGGAUGUCUGCGGCUCGCCGCUCGUCAACAAUGUGUUCAAUCCCACCGGCGAAUUUUGCCGGGCGCCCAAAAAGAAUUGCUUCAAGCACUACGCCUGGGAGAAGAUUCGGCGGGCGGAAAUCGACUUGGAGCGUGUCCGGCAGUGGCUCAAAAUGGAUGACCUCAUGGAGCAGGAGCGUCUGCUGCGACAGCAGUUGAGUUCGCGUGCCAAUUUGCUCGGCUUGAUGCUCCACUCGACGUACAAUCACGAGGUGAUGGAUGAAUUGGUGCGCAAGCAGCAGGAGCAUUUUGCUGAGCUGGAGAAGCAGAAGCGACGCCAAGCGCAAUUCGACCAGCAACAACAGCAGCAACAACAACAACAGCAGCAACAUCAGCAGCAACAACAACAGACGCAGCAACAACAGACGCAGCAACAACAGACGCAGCAACAACAGCAGCAGCCACAUCAACAGCAGCAACACUAUCAACAAAAGCUGCAGCAUCGACAGCAGCAGCAACAGUUGCAACAACAACUACAACAACAACAGCAGCAGCAGCAACAACAACAACAUCAUCAUCAUCAGGUGAUGUUUCAAUAGAAGUUGCCGCAUUAAUAAUAACAAAUUAUGAAACGCAAAUUGCUAGCUAAUUAAUUUCACAUCGUGUUUAUUUUUUUUUUCAUAGAUAUAUAUAAAUCUAUAUAUAUAUAUAUAUAUAUAUAUAUAUACAUAAGUAAUUUUUAUAGUCGGUAUACUAAUUUUUUUGAAUUAAGCAAACAUAGACAAAAACAAAAAAAGAAAAAUAGUUGUAAAUUGUAAAACUGCGCAUCGAUCACCAUGGAUUCAAUUUUAUAUAUUUUGUCGGGCAACGUUACCAUCGGCAACCUGAUCAACACAUUUCGAGCUAUAAACCGGUUACUCCAUCUCUCUCUCUCUUUCACACACACCCCUUUCUUUCUCUCUCUCUCUCUCUUUCGUUUGUGUGCUGCAAGUGCGCUAGAAGGUUGCUAUGUGCGGCAAAUUUGUUGCCCACCCACCACUCGGUGUUUGUUAUUGAAAACUAAGCAUCAAAAAACUAUAUAUAUAUAUAUAUAUUCAUUUAUUGAUAGCAACCUGUCGCCGAUUAAAUGCUGGACAAACCCGACAAUCAUUGCAUCAUUCAUACUCAAUCAUCAUGUUCAAUUUUCUUGCUACUCAGGUUUAAAAAACAUCGUUCAUAUUCCACAAUAAAUAUACAUUAUAUUUAGCAUUAUUUAAGCAGAACCACCCACAUCAACAAUUCUAAUAAAGAUAAUUUAGUUGUAAGCAAAAAAACAAAUCUUUUAGUUGACUUAAGUGUGAAUGGCAUUUUAUACUCAUUUCCUAGAAUAAACACAAAAGAGAAAAACAUU